AAUUGAUAAAUAUCAGUUUAUUUUGACUUUAGACGCUUAAAAUGUUUACAUCAGUUCACACAAAGAUAAUGUAGAUGUUUUAAAUAUUAAAUGUAGAUAUUCUAAGUGUUACUAGUUUUAAAAUGGUGCGUUUUGGAGCCGGCGCGGGGCUUUUAUUGUGAAGAGCCGCGUUAGCCGUUAGCUCCGGAGGACUCGGACACUCAGGCACCGUGAAACCGGGAACAGGAGCUCCCGGGCCGGCUACAGCUGCUCCAGGACCCGCCGGGAGGAGAGUACAGCCGCGAGGGGAAGACUCAUCCCGGCGUCACGCCCCGGAGCCGAACCGAACCCGCGGAACCGGAACCGAGCCGGAGGAGAACCGCAACAGAGCCGGAGGAGAGCGGAGAGAGAUGACCGGAGACUGCGCGGUGGAGGAGGUGUCAGAGCCGGCGGAGCCAGAGGAGCCACAAGAGCCAGAGGUGGAGGAGCCGGAAGAGCCAGAGGAGCUGGAGGAGCCACAAGAGCCAGAGGAGCCAGAGGACGACUCUGAGAGGGACAUCUACAUGAGGUUCAUGAAGUGUCACAAAUGUUACGACAUCGUCCCAACCAGCUCCAAACUCGUGGUGUUUGACACGACACUGCAGGUGAAGAAGGCGUUCUUCGCUCUGGUGGCGAACGGUGUGAGAGCAGCUCCUCUGUGGGAGAGUAAGAAACAGAGCUUUGUAGGGAUGUUGACCAUCACAGAUUUCAUCAACAUUCUGACUCGUUAUUACAAAUCUCCGAUGGUCCAAAUCUACGAGCUGGAGGAGCACAAGAUCGAGACGUGGAGAGAACUUUACCUGCAAGAGACGUUUAAACCUCUGGUCCACAUCCCUCCAGACGCAAGUGUGUUUGAGGCGGUUCAUUCUCUGAUCAAACAUAAGAUCCAUCGUCUCCCAGUGAUCGACCCGAUCAGUGGAAACGCCCUGUACAUCCUCACCCACAAGAGAGUCCUCAAGUUCCUCCAGCUGUUUGUGUGUGAGUUGGCCAUGCCGUCCUUCAUGAAGCAGAGUCUGGAGGAGCUUCGUGUGGGCACCUACUCCAACAUCGCCUUCAUCCACCCGGACACGCCGCUCUACACCGCCCUGUCCCUCUUCACCCACCGCAGGGUCUCCGCCCUCCCCGUCGUGGACUACAGCGGUAAAGUGGUGGACAUCUACUCCAAAUUUGACGUCAUUAACCUGGCGGCGGAGAAGACCUACAACAACCUGGACAUCACGGUGACGCAGGCACUGAAGCACCGCUCCCAGUACUUCGAAGGGGUCCUCAAGUGUCACCGGCUCGAGACUCUGGAGGUCAUCGUGGACCGCAUCGUCAAGGCAGAGGUUCACAGGUUGGUCGUCGUCGAUGAAGAAUCCAAAAUCGUGGGAAUCGUUUCUCUGUCAGACAUUCUUCAGGCUCUGGUCCUCACCCCAGCAGGUUUGGGGAGGAAGGAAAGUCUUUCAUCUCAGGCUCCAAAUCUGGACUCAGGUCUUCAGCGAGGAGACGAGGAAACCAAACAAGGAACUAACCAAGGAGAUGAGGAGACGAGGCAAGGAAGCAACGAAGGAGACGAGGAGACCAAACAAGGAACUAAUGAAGGAGACGAGGAGACCAAACAAGGAACUACCGAAGGAGAGGAGGACGUGAAUGAAGGGAGCAAGGAGGCAGAGGAGAGCGGAACAGAAGAGCAAGGAGACAAGGACGGAAAUGAGGAAGGAAAUGAGGAAGGACAUGAGGAGACGAAUGAGGAGACGAGGGAGGAGGCACCUGGAGUGGAAGAGACUGAGGAGGAAGGAAAUGAGGAGGCACAGGAGGAAACACAAGAGGAGGUGAACAAGGAAACGAACGAGGAGACAGUGGAGGAGGCGCAAGGAGGGAAUGAGGACCAAGGGACUGAGGAGGAAGGAAACAAGGACACACAGGAGGAAACAAGUAAGGAAGCUACUGAGGAAGCUACUGAGGAAGCAACUGAGGAGGCAACUGAGGAAACGAGAGAGGAGGACCAAGGGACUGAGGAGGUAGGAAACGAGGAGACAGAGGAGGAAACGAACAAGGAGGCACGUGAGGAGACGAGCGAGGAGGCAGAGGAAGGAACUGUCAAUCAAACAGACGAACAGGAAGAGGCGGAGUCGUGACAUGUGACAUUUUAUCCAUAUUUGGGCAGACCCCGCCCCCACCGUUCCAUAUAUUUAAAUAUCGUCACUUUAUCGUGUUUAUUUAGAAUCUCAGCACCGAUACGAGCCGAUAUUUAGGUUUAAAACACCUGCGGAGAAUCGAAAAACAGAACAAACACAAAACUUUUACACAUCGUCUGAAGUGUCGAUGGAGGUUUGAAGAACUGC